UUACAAACGUUAAUAAAACGCAUAACGGGAUGUGGCAAUGUGUCGUGAAGCAAAAUGACUUAAAUUUUGUAUGGAUAACAAAUAUGAUAUAUAUCAGAGUUCUAGGACCUCCAAAUUGGCGUACGCAUUUGAUGGAAGAUCAGGCAACGCGUUUCUUUUUUGGUUGGUUGCCAAAUGAAGAUUACGUCGGUGUUUUCGUAUUGGUUCUUUUUCUGAUUUUAGUCGCAGCUAUAAUCGUAGGAUCUUAUUAUUACAUAACAAUUCGAGAAACUGCGAAACACAUAUUUGACCUGAGAAAUAUACCGAGAAGUCCAAGAGGCACACAAUAUGAACCACUGACGGACGAAAUGACUACCGAAGAUCAAGCGAUCACUGACGAUCAAAUAACUACCGACGACCAAGCGACUAUUGAAGAUGAAGUUACUGAAGACCAAACGACUACCGAAGAUCAAAGAACUCCCAAACAUUAAGCGGCAACCAAUGAUUAAGCUACACAAUAAACCAUCGCUUUUUUAAGAUGCUUAAUAUAAAAUGUUUAUUGUACAAUUAAUGCAAAUUAUCAUAAUCAUAUUUAAUACAAAUGUUGGUAAUUUACGAUCGAUACACGUUGAUACAGUAUAAUACAUAUAGUAUAAUAACAGUAUGGAUAAAGGAUACGAUAUAAAAUUAUCCCACAAGAUACCACUACGUUUACGAAAAUUCCGGUCUACCAUUUCUUCGAGUACAUUUUCUAAAUAUCGCUUGAAACGAACAUUCUCGUUUACCAUUACGUGGAUCGGUUCCAAAAUAAAA